AUGUAUGGUGGAGGGGAUGGCAUAAAUCCGUUGUAUGAGCGUAAUCAAGAGGCCACAUUAUACGCGGGGAACCUAGAUAGACGAGUUAGUGAGGAUGUAUUGUGGGAGUUAUGCAUCCAAGCGGGGCCCGUGAAACAUGUGCAUGUGCCCCGAGAUAAAAUUACUGGACAGCACCAAGGAUAUGGCUUUAUAGAAUACGAGCAAGAAGUGGAUGCGGAGUAUGCAAUUCGAAUUUUCAGUACGACUUGUCUGUAUGGGAAGCCGUUGCGGCUGAACAAAGCAGCCCAAGAUAAAAAGAUGUUCGAAGUGGGUGCCAAUCUCUUCGUAGGCAAUUUAGCGCCACAGGUCGAUGAACGGAAAUUGUUCGAGACAUUCGCCGCCUUCGGAAACGUCACCAGCGCCAAGAUUAUGAAGGAUCCAGAAACCAGCGAGUCCAGGGGCUUCGGCUUCAUCAGCUACGACAACUUCCAGUCGGCAGAUUCCGCUAUAAAAACGCUCAGCGGACAGUUCCUAAGCGACAAACAAAUCACUGUUACCUACGCAUUCAAAAAAGACUCGCAAGAACGACAUGGCUCUGCCGCGGAACGACUGAUAGCAGAACACCGACGAUCGUCGCCCCUCUUUUCCUUUAACCAAUCAUAA